CGUAAAUACGAAGUGGGAGUAUGGCUACCAUGACGGGACAUUCCAGCGUCUUGAUUGGUCGAUUCCAAAUCCGCGCCGACCAAUGAGCGAGCAGCUUGAGCCGCGAACAAUUCAAAAGAAGAUCACGACCGAAAUUGUAGUUUAAAACGCAUAUUUCCUUAGAUAAUCCCGGUAUCCGAUACCGACUUACUUAUCAUUGGUCACCAAAUGAUACCCAGUAUUAACGUGAGAUAUAUUUAAGGUUCAACUGACUAAAAUUAUAACUUUAUUCUUAGUUUUACAGUAGCGAGCCCGUUGACAGACACGAAAUCACCCGUUGUUGAUCAACAAAGGAGACUCCCGAGGAAUCUGAACCCCUGAUAAAUAACCAGGGUCAACCUACGAUUCCUAGUCAACAGAAGCUACGAAUGAAUCACUGCCGAAUUUUAAAACGAGUUCCGAUAUCUUCUAGUAUCCUGUGGAUCCGUAUUAAAAGUGACUCAUUCUGUUAAACUGCACAAAAAUCCUUGUGGAAAUAUUGUAGAAGUAUUUUACACAACUCCCCAUAAACCCUCGAUUUUGUAAACGCUUAAUAAGUGGAUAAUGCUAAAUGUUUUGCAGCAAUGGAGUCAGCGAUUAUUCGGGAGGAGAAACUCAAUCCACGCAAGUAUCAAAGGAAGUAUGACGUCCUCGACAAAUGAGCCAAUCAGAAUGCAGAGCGAGGACCCACGUGAGCUCCCGCGACCAAUCAAAUUCUCAAAGUCCUCGAACAUGUCCAGCACAGAAAACAUUUCUGGAUGUUAUACCAAUAUCGCUUGUGAAGACGACGAUUUCGAUGCUGGGUGUUCUACAGACUCGGCAUGCACAUGCACAAACUGCACUACUUUGAUGACUUUGACAGAAUGUGGAGUGUGCAUGGAACCGCUUCAGGGUCGAGAAGUGCAGGCCUGCACUUUAUGCUCUAAUAUGAUUUGCAAUUUUUGUGCCUCGAAGCUGCCAUCCUGCGCAUUUUGCAGGUCGAUCCUAUCCACGACGAGGAACCGAGCCAUGGAGAGGCUGCUUGAUAAAAUGCAUCUGCCUUGCCGCAACUCUCGGUCAGGAUGCAAAGUUAUCGUGAAUCGGGACAGCAGAGCACGACAUGAGUCGACCUGUAGUUUCGCCACUAUCAGUUGUCCAGCAGGAAGAAAAGUUUGCGGCUGGUAUGGAACUGUAGUUACAAUAGAAGCCCAUCUGAAGAAGGCUCAUGGAUUAAUACCACUUAUUAACUACGGAAUUACUGUGGAAAUCGCUAGUUUUUGCGAAAUCGCUCGAGCUAGGGAAGGGCGCCUCUACACGGUUUGCUUGUCAUGCUACGAUCAGCUGUUUAUGGUGAAGGUCAUACUCUUCCAAGACAAGCUGAAACUCUCCUUCACGCCCAUGGGAUACGUUCGGUCGAUGAAACAAUUAAAUCUGACGAAAUAUGGAGUCUUUCUGUAUGUGCAUGGUAUCGAUAGGCACCUAAGAGUGAUUUUGCCCUUUGAAAACAAUCAAGGGACUUUGAAUAUCGAAAUCACCUGUGCCUGCUUGUACUCUUCACUUUCCGAGAGUUCACUUGGGAAAUCCGUCAAAUUAGACAUCGUCAUUAGACAGAUUGAAUCCGACGUUAAGGGAACUCUGAUUAUUACUAACAAAUUGGACUAUACGAGCAGAGGAACUUCCAUCACGGAUUUUUAAGUUAUCUUUGAAUUUCUUUCCAGCUCAGGAAAGAGGAUGAUACAAAUAAUUGUUGAAAUUAUUUCAUAACGCAGGAAAAUGUGCAAAAUGUCCAUGUUAGUAAUCGAUCAAUAUACAUGGUUACUGUA